GAUGAGCACCCUUCCCUUCCUCUUCUUGGCCGGGCUGCUGUGUCUUCCUUCCGGCUUGCCGAAGAAAGUUGAGGAGGGUUCAGCGGCAACUGGGCUUUUACACAAUGGACAGCCAGGGAAGGAAAGUAGUGGUCUGUGACAAUGGAACCGGGUUUGUCAAGUGCGGCUAUGCAGGCUCCAACUUCCCAGAGCACAUCUUCCCUGCGCUUGUUGGGAGGCCCAUCAUCCGCUCCACAGCCAAAGUGGGAAACAUUGAGAUCAAGGACUUGAUGGUGGGAGACGAGGCCAGCGAGCUGCGCUCCAUGCUGGAGGUGAACUACCCCAUGGAGAACGGCAUCGUCCGGAACUGGGAUGACAUGAAGCACCUUUGGGACUACACCUUCGGCCCGGAGAAGCUCAACAUCGAGUCUCGCAACUGCAAGAUCCUGCUGACCGAACCCCCCAUGAACCCCACCAAAAACCGGGAGAAAAUCAUCGAGGUGAUGUUUGAGACCUACCAGUUUGCUGGAGUCUACAUCGCUAUCCAGGCUGUCCUGACUCUGUAUGCCCAGGGCCUUCUGACUGGUGUGGUGGUGGACUCGGGCGACGGUGUGACACACAUCUGUCCAGUGUACGAGGGUUUCAGUCUGCCCCACCUGACACGACGUCUGGACAUCGCAGGCAGGGACAUCACCCGCUACCUCAUAAAGCUGCUGUUGUUGAGAGGCUACGCCUUCAACCAUUCCGCAGACUUUGAGACGGUUCGCAUGAUGAAGGAGAAGCUGUGCUACGUGGGCUACAACAUCGAGCAGGAGCAGAAGCUGGCUCUGGAGACCACUGUUUUGGUGGAGUCGUAUACGCUGCCAGAUGGCCGUGUGAUCAAGGUGGGAGGAGAGCGCUUUGAGGCCCCUGAGGCUCUGUUCCAGCCCCACCUCAUCAACGUGGAGGGCGUCGGAGUAGCCGAACUCCUCUUCAACACCAUCCAGGCCGCUGACAUAGACACCAGGCCCGAGUUCUACAAACACAUCGUGUUGUCGGGAGGAUCCACCAUGUACCCAGGGCUGCCGUCCCGACUGGAGAGGGAACUGAAGCAGCUGUACUUGGAGCGCGUGCUCAAGGGAGACGUGGACAAACUUUCGAAAUUUAAGAUCCGGAUUGAGGAUCCUCCCAGGCGAAAGCACAUGGUGUUCCUGGGUGGAGCGGUGCUGGCCGACAUCAUGAAGGACAAGGACAACUUCUGGCUGACCCGGGAGGAGUACCAGGAGAAAGGAGUCCGCGUGCUGGAAAAACUCGGAGUCACCGUCAGAUAAAGCACCGGGACGGACAGAACAGCCGCACACCUGAAAACACAGAUUCACAAACACAUUUCCUCCAUUCGCCCAUAUAGCAGAGUUUAUAUCUAUUUAUCCCUCUCUCUUUUUUUUUUUUUUCCUUUUUCCUAGAAGCAUUGGCUGCUCUUGAAUUUUCCUCAAACACCUGAAAGUAUCAAGAGUUCACCUCUCUCUCUUCCCGCUCCUCUCCUCUCCUCCUCCCUCCUUUCCUUUCUUCUCUCCUGUUCGAGGAUUGGCUCCAAACUUGUCUGGGAAUCCUCCCACAACCCCGCGAAGCAGCUGAAAUGUUUUAUAUUUACAGUUUUUUUCUGUUUUUGUUUUUUUUUUUCACGGUGGAGAUGCUCACCUGAUAGACGGGUUCAAUCCACCAGCUUCAGGCCUUUUAGGAGGAUUAAAACGAUGCAAAGUCUCAAACUCAUAACGUCGCAUUCACAGCCCAUCACAAACAGCCACGGCCGCUUUCAGCAUCUGUUAUAGGCGAGCGCGAACUGAUCACAUUUUUUUGGUGUUUUUUUUUUUCUUUUCCUUCUCUUUUUUUUAUAUAUAUAUAUAAAUGAUAUGACGUAUGUUUUCUGGGUAAGGGGUUAUGGCUCUGCUCUUCUGUGGCUGCAUUCUUAAGUUCUACAUUACUGGGUUUUUUUUGUUUGCUUUUUUUUCAUUAUUUUCCUCCUGGUGUUGUGCAUUCAGCCAUUGGAAAUGGAUUGCACAGAGUGACACACAUUUUUGCGCUUUUUUACUUAGGUUUUUUUUUUUUUUUUUUUUUUUUUUAUGAAAGAAAUUAAUGGUUGAUUCAUAAAGGGACGGAAAAAGUAAAAGCCUCUAAGCUUGACGGAGAGUUUGUGACGGUACGUUUGGGGUUAGUUAGUUAGUUAGUUAGCUGUGGGAGGGGAAUCAUGGUUAAUAAGAAGUGGGAAGGAGUGAGUAUUUGUUAAUUUCUACCUUCUCUUUAGAUGUAAAUUUCGAAUGGAUAUGAGUGGUCACCGCCGCGUCGCAGCAUUUUGUCUCUCAGAUCCAAAUGGUUGGAAAAUAUCCCACUAUCCUAGAAAAAGAAAACGUAUUUAAGUUCUCCAGGCUCCAGCGGUUUGACGUGUUACUGGAGGCACUUCUAUUUCGGGUAUGAAAAAUGUGUACCUUUAUUAUUAUUAUUUUUUUUUUUUCUUCCCCUCUUUCCAUGAACGUCUUAUCCAGUGCCAAGUGCAGUUAUUGUUGACUGGAUCUCAUGUUUUAACGUCUUUCUUUUUUGUCAGUUUUUUGUUUUUAUUUUCCUGUCGUUCAUAGCAUAACUGCCUAACGCUGAUUUAAAUAAAAGUGAUUUAUAAUGA